GCGGAGGGGAAGUGCCCUGCUCGAGGAAUCUCGCGGCGAGCCUGUGGUGUUGGGUGUGCUUUCGAACUGGCCUCCGGGAACUGGUGGGGAAACCAGACAAAAUUAGUGGUGUUUCCGGGACACCCCUGCCCUAUGCUUUUGGGUUGAAGAAUGAUUUUCUAAAGUGCUUCUGGUGUUGCUGACUCUCUGGAGCUGCUCCGUGUUUGUUACAUUAACAGUUGUCAAAGUGCUGCUGAAUUUGCCCAGUCUCUUUUUGAGAGUUGCUAACCUCACAAAAACAUCAAAAGAGCAGCUGUUGUGGAAAUUUGAUGAGGGUUGAGAUCAUGGAGCCAGCUGAGGUGUGGUCUGUGUUUGAGGCUGCCCAGAAUUCAACUUUAAUGGAUGGACUUUUCCUUGUCACUGAGUCAUCAGAGGAUAUGACCCCAGUAGCAGUUUCCGAGACUAACAAAUCAGAUCGACCUUGUAGUGUGUUGGAGGUGUCAGACCGGAUGUAUUGCUCUGCCUGCCUGAAAGCCUUUGAUAGUCGAGAGGAGCAGACUGAGCAUUAUCGCCUUGACUGGCAUCUUUUUAACCUGAAGCAGCGACUACUGAACCGCCCGAUGCUCACAGCUGAAGAAUUUGAAGCAAAGACUCAAGCAGGUGAUAUCUCCAGCAUCUCGGGUUCUGAUACCAGUGAUCCUGAUUCAGACAGUGAGUCUGACCUGUUGUCUUACCGGGACAAUGAAAGCAGAAAGAGUACCUGUCAGAGCACCUCACUGAGUCCACGUUCUCAGCGUGUCCUCUUCAGAAAUUCUCAAGGGCAGCUCAUCACAGUCUAUCGUUGCGUACUGAACACUGUGAAGGGCAAUGUAGAAGAACCUGGACAACUGGUAGCUUCUCUUCAGAGGCAGAGCCCAGACACCUCCUGGGUUAUCCUGAUGGCUGGUGGAGGACACUUUGCAGGAGCUGUCUUUAAGGGGAGUGAAGUGCUGGUGCACAAGACCUUCCACAGGUACACAGUGCGAGCCCGCAGAGGUACAGCCCAAGGAGUGCGGGAUGCUCAGGGAUGUAUGCCCAAAUCUGCUGGGGCCUCCCUGCGGCGCCACAAUGAGGCUGCUUUGCUUAAGGAUAUUCAGGAACUAUUGGCCAGCUGGAAGGGGCAUUUACAAGGUGCAGAGCGCAUCUUUCUUCGUGCCCCACGCACCAACCGUGCCCGCUUCUUUGUUGGUAAAAAUGGCCCUCUUCAACAAAAUGAUCCCCGGAUCCGAGGCAUUCCUUUCAGCACACGGAGAGCUACCUUCCAUGAGGUGCAGCGGGUGCAUAGAGCUCUGCGUGAUCUGCAAGUGUAUGAAAAGGACACAACAGUGGAAGAUUUGAUUGGCUCUCCUUGCAAGACCUGGAGAAAAAUAGUUGAUCAGCCUGAAGCAUCUCCACAGCAUCAUGACUCCCCCUCAAGGUCAGAAAAUGAUGAAGAAGAGGGGGAAGAAAAUGCAUUAUGUCAAUUGGAGACUGUGGAGGUUAUACUAAGUACGCUAGACCUGCGUGAAUUUGAAGUGGCACCAAAUCGGAAUCAGAAGAAGAGAAGGAAAAAGCCCAAAAUCCUGGCAGAGUCUUGCAGUGAUCCUUCAAGAGGUGCUGGAGAAUCUGAGACUGUGCCACUGAACAGAGAAGAGUCAACUGAAGCCCAGGAAUGGCUGGAGCCUCAGGGAGUUCCCAGCACACCAGUGGAGGAUCUCUUGUUCACAGCUUGCAAGACGGGAGACCUGAAAACACUGCAGCAUCUUUUGGGAAUGGCUGAUGGGGCAGCACAGGAGGGAGAAGAUUGUCAUAGCAACAACAUGCACCAUUUGCUCAAUGCAUCACUGAAUGAGAGUGGCUGGACCCUUUUGCAUGUGGCGGCAGCAGCAGGGAGGAGUGCUGUUGUGCGCUUGCUGUUGCAGACUGGAGCUGACCCGGCUAUCAGGGACAAGCAAAACCAGCCACCGUACUGUGUGUCUGCUGACAAGCAAACUCGUAAUGAAUUCCGUAGAUUCAUGGAUGAGCAGCCUGAGAAGUAUGAUUACAUCCAAGCCCAGGUGCCUGGACCACUGACAUCCCAAAUGGAAGCCAAGCAGGCAGAGCGUCGUCGAGCACACAAGGCCCAACGGAAGCAGCGGGAGAAAGAAGAACGGGAGUCACAGCAGUUGCUGAAGCAAGAAGAGAAUGAAAAAAGGUGUUUUGCUCUGUUGAGUGACCGUGAAAAGCGAGCUUUGGCAGCAGAGAGGAGACUUGCUGCCCAGUUUAAAGACUCCACUGCAACUUUGACGAAUACCAGACGCUGCUGGCUGUGUGGCGAGUCACUGCUGGGCCGCGUUCCCUUCCAUUACCUGGACUUUUCCUUCUGCUCAACGAACUGUCUGCAGGCACAUCGGCAAGGGAAGACUGUGCAUUCUUAACUCAAGUUACAGAAGCUGCCUAAGAAAACAAUCAUUCCUCUUUGGAGGCACGUGUUCCUCCAUGAGGCAUCACGUAUGAUUCUAUUAUGAGUCCUUCCUGGAGAGGGAGCAUAGGCACCCUUUAUAAUAUGAAAAAAGUAUUAUAUGAAGGGAGAGCCACUUCUCUCUGUCACCUGCACAUGUACUAAAACUGGGAUAAUUUUCCUACAGAUGUACACACUGUGAUCAUUUCACUGCAAAGCAUGGUUUCUGGAAGAGUGGAUCUGUUGCCAUGUAUUGACUUGGUUCUUUUAUAGAUCUGAUUGGUUUGCACAUUGCAAAACAUGGUUUAUGGGGUACAAUAAAACUGUAGGCUUUC